GGUCAAGCUGCGGUCGGAAGCGAAACCAGGUGCGCCGGCGAGGCGGCCCAGCAGCACGGGGCUGCCGGCCGCGUCCCCGCAGGGGGGCUCGGCGCCAGGCAAGGGCAAGGGCAAGGGCCAGCAGAAGGGCAAAAGGAAGAGGCCAGACGGUUCGAGCAGCAGUUCGAGCAGCUCGAGCAGCUCCAGCGACUCUGCCGAUGGGAGGCCUCUGAAAGGGCCCAUGAAGUCCCGGGUGUUGGCGAAGAAGGACAUCCCGCCAAACUGGGGCAGAGAAGCUCUGGCGACCUCGAGGAGGACUUCGACCACGGGGGCGCCGUCAAAAAGAAGGAACGGAUGCCCAAGGAGGAGGCCGUGUCGCAGCUUCUCUGCCGCUGGUGGUACAGUCUGCCCGACUGGCCGCCGCAGGAGGAGAGCUACUAUCAGGAGAAGCUCAGCUCGCACAAGCCGCCCCUCAAGAAGGUGAGGAUCGAGGAGUGGGAGUGGCUGGACGACGUGGACAAGGAGGGCCGCUGCAAGGUGUACGAGCUUUCCCAGUUCAGGGGCGUCUUCAGAGGGUCUAAAGGCGAGCUGAUCGAUCCCACGGAGACCUGCCCGUGCUACAAGAACCUCAUGGCGUGGGACAUGGUGAAACUGUACGAGAGCCUCGUCAAGGCGUAUGAGAACCAGCUCCUGGAUCUCAAGAAUUCCAAGUACCCCGAGGGCAGGUUAGAGAGUGCGCUCAAGGCGGACCUGAACAAGUACAGGCAAAAGCUGCACGACGCCAGGGCUGUGGGGCGCCGGUAG